GCACAGCAGCUCCAAAGUCGACGAGGCUCUUCGUUUCCCUUCCUGAGAUCUGACUCACGAGAUGGACCUCUGACCUGCAACCCAACUCACCACAUCGAAGUGGUCGUCCGAUCCUGUCGAGCUUCGAGAGCCUCGAGGUAAGUAGCCAUCUGAGAUGUCACUAUCCAGGUUCAAUCCCGCACGCUCCGUUCCGUUUUUCUCUCACAUGGCCUCAGCUCCGGCCCACCGUGCCGUGCAGCACGGCGCCGGUGCCCCCCCUUUUCCCGCAACCCCUCAACUCCGCAACCGACGGCCGAGGUUCCUCAUGCCCCAAGCCCGACCAAGUCCCCUCAGACUCCCGAGUUGCGGCGGAGGCCAACCUUGAUACCCGACCAUUGCCCGAUGUCGACCCACCACCGGCCACCAUUAUGCCCUCGUUCAUAAAACACACUGCUCCCUCACCGUGUCUUGACAUGAUGCAACCGGCUGGUCCUGUGUGUCAGGCCAAAAGAGCCUUUACACGGCUGUGCUUCUCACUGUGCUACCUAUAACCUAUACAAGACGGGCUUACUCCGGCGAUCCCGCCCAAAAGCUGACAAUCAUGCUGCAGUCCUCACAAGCCUCACAUUCGGCUCGGGCUUCCACGUCACCCGAGUGUCACCUGACCUCGCCCUCACUCUCCAUCUCCUUCAAUCUCACGCCAGCUACCGGCUCCCAGCCGCCGUCCCCGGUCGAUUCUGUCUUCUCAUCCGCGGCAUCCACUUGUCCCAGUAUGGCAUCGUCAAACGAGGCAGAGCCGGUGUCGACUGAGGUUGAGAACCACUACUUCAGCUCGAACCCUCCUCCAAAAGACCUGGCCCGGCACACUGCCCUGGCCGAGGAGUUCAUCAAGCUCCACAGUGCCGCCAACCGCCGCGUGUGUCUCGUAACGUCAGGCGGUACUACCGUGCCCCUCGAGAAGCAGACAGUCCGAUUCAUCGACAACUUCUCCGCGGGGACGCGUGGUGCCACGUCAGCUGAGUACUUCCUCGAGGCUGGCUAUGCGGUGAUUUUCCUGCACCGCCAGUUCUCCCUGCUCCCUUACUCCCGCCACUACAGCCACGCCACGGACUGCUUCCUGGACUUCCUGACCGAGGGACAAGAUGGCACCGUCGUCGCCAAGCCCGAGUUCACACCCAAGAUGCUGUCAGUGCUGCGCAAGUACCACUCGGCUAGGAGCCAGAACCUGCUGCUGACGGUGCCGUUCGUGACGAUCGGUGACUACCUGCACGAGCUGCGCGCCAUCGCACGCCUCAUGCAGCCCCUGGGACCGGACGGACUGUUGUACCUAGCGGCCGCUGCGUCCGACUUCUUCCUGCCACAGGACAGGAUGUCGGAGCACAAGAUCCAAAGCACGGAUGCCGCGGACGGGGUGAAAAAGCCGGCCGACAAGCAGGGGUCAAAGCCUUCGGCCAAGGGGAGCUCGAGCGAGGAAGAGACAUUCGACAACUUUGACUCAAGCCCACAGGUGCCGAGGAGCAAGAGGCUCGUGGUGGACCUAGAUCCCGUGCCGAAAUUCUUAAAGAACCUGGUUGACGGGUGGGCCCCGCAAUGCAUGAUUGUGAGCUUCAAACUGGAGACGGAUCCAGACAUUCUCGUGCACAAGGCAAAAUACGCACUCGAGCGGUACAGCCACAAUCUCGUCAUUGGCAAUCUGCUUUCCACCCGCAAGUGGGAGGUCGUAUUUGUAUCACCAAACCGGCCGGACAAGUGGAUUCGAGUGCCCUCCGUCCAGAUCGCGGCAGGCCAUAAGAGGACCAUCAGCGAGACCGAGAAGGAGAAACCCCUGGAUCCUAGCACGCUACCUGAGGGAGAUCCCGAGGUCGAGAUUGAGAGCAUCAUCAUUCCUGCCCUGAAGGAAGUUCACACUGCCCACAUUGCCGAGGCCAGGGGCGAGGAGAACGGAGACAAGAAGGCAUGAUGCGUCUUAUUGCUGGUUCUGGAAAGAACUCUCUUCAUUCUCCGAAUCAUAGAUAGCCCUGGGCAGGUGCAUUGCUGUAAAUACGCAAGUAAGUAUAUAAAUAUGAGAUAGUAUAGAACCGCCAAGCUACUCGGGACACCGAUUCCGCCCGAGAUUGUGCAGCCCGACAGCAUGAUACCAGAGUGUGGAAUGUGCUGGCGUUGUUCUAAAAGCGAUCGGAGAUUCGUAUCCGCAGAAACAGAGGGUACACCUAGGACCUAUAACAC